UGAAAUAAUGGCUUAUCCGCACUACAUAGUGCACUAAAUCUACAGCAGGAGACAAUUUAAGCGUCAACCCAUGUCAAAUUCUUGUGCGGCUUGUGAAGUGGUUCUGAGGGAACAGCUGUAAGACCACGGGAAAGCAAGGCACAACUUUGGUCUACAAGGGCUACCUGAGACAUAAUGCUGACAGAAAAUGGAUGCUCCUGAGUAUUUGGACCUAGAUGAGAUUGAUUUCACUGAUGAUUUAGCUUACACAUCGAAGAGCAUCCCAGAUCUUUGCCGGAGAAAUGAUGGACAAGCAGAGGAGAGACAAGCUCCUGGUAUCAACUGGAGUCGAAGUGCCUCCUCACACAGUGGAAGUGGAAUCAAACCCACUGGAAUUGCUGAUGUGUACAGCAAAUUCAGACCUGUUAAAAGGGUCUCACCACUUAAGCAUCAACCAGAGGUUUUGGACACUGAGGCUGACAGUAAGAGUCCUGGGCAAAAUGUAGAAGGAAACGAUUCCCCUAAAGGGCUCCAAGCAAGUGUGAGUCCAUGUGAUGUUCAGGCACUCAAGUGCAAAAGUAUUGGUAAUGGAGCACUUUUUGGGGAACUGGAGCAUUAUGACUUGGACAUGGAUGAGAUACUAGACGUGCCUUACAUUAAAUCCAGCCAACAAAUGGCCACCCUGCCCAGAGCAGCCUCCGAGAAGCGGACCUCAGGGAGUAGUGCCACUGAUAGAUGUGUAGGCCUCAAGGCGUCAUCUCUCGCUCAUGCUGAGAACCUGAGCAGUGGUACACAGUUUUGUGUACUCCCACCCGUUAACUGGUCAGACAUGAGAAAGUCAAAGUCUAUGGAUCCAGACUAUCUCAGGGCACAAACAGUUGGAUAUGACCACUCGCCAGGCUCCCUGCACCGAUCUAUAUCUGAAGCAGACAAGCUAUUAUCAGGCAGACCUUUUCCAGAUACACCAACCCACAAGGCUGGCUCGGACACUUCUGUCAGUCAGCCUUUGUUCCAUGUUCAGGGAGGUUCAGUGGGAAGGCUAGACAACAGCAAGCCUUGGAGCAGUCCGAAAGCAUUUGGAGAAUGUGAUGAAGAAACUAAAAAGUCUCACAAUAUAAUCAACGUUGUGCGGGAGGGCCAGAUCUCACUGUUGCCUCAUUUUGCAACUGAGAACCUGGAACUCAUUCGAGAUGAGGACAGAAACAACCUUCUUCAUAUCUCUGCUGCACAUGGACAUGCAGACUGCCUGCAGCACCUGACUUCCCUCAUGGGAGAGGACUGUCUCAAUGAACGCAACAACCAGCAGCUUACUCCUGCUGGUUUGGGUGUCAGGAAUGGUCACCUGGAGUGUGUGCGCUGGAUGGUGAGUGAGACGGAAGCCAUCGCCGAACUUAGCUGCACACGGGACUACCCAAGUCUUAUCCACUAUGCAGCACAAUAUGGUCAGGAAAGGAUCUUGUUGUGGCUACUACAAUUUAUGCAAGAACAAGCUAUCUCACUGGAUGAAGUGGAUCAGAAUGGGAACAGCGCAGUGCAUGUUGCUGCUCAGUAUGGUCAUCUCGGCUGCCUUCAGACGCUGGUGGAAUAUGGCUCAAAUGUCACCGUUCAGAACCAGCAAGGUGAGAGGCCAUCUCAGUGUGCUGAGCGACAAGGUCAUACCACCUGUGCACGCUACCUGGUGGUUGUGGAGACCUGCAUGUCUUUGGCUUCACAGGUGGUCAAGCUUACCAAGCAACUCCAUGAACAGACUACAGCAAGAAUAGCACUCCAGAGUCAAAUGCAGCUGCUAUUGCAGUCCCAGGAUCCCAAUGGAAGACCACGAUCACCCAGUUUGCUUAUUCCUCCAGCUGAGACCUGGCCUGAGAUGACACUUACUGCGGAGGUUACCCCUGGUGAUGGGCAGUGGGUGUUGAGGCAGAGGCAUGUGGAUUCUGAGUCAGUCCUGCGCAAGAUCUUGGGAAAAGACAUUGCUGAAAGAAUGGGCACCAGGGAGAAGGCGUUCCAAGAGGAGGCAGUAGAGGGCGCCAGUGGCACAGACUCAGGGAUGGGGCUGGGCAUAGGCCCAUUACGGAGACCAGGUAUGGUGGAAAGGCGGGAGCUGAAACUAGCUCGUCUUAGGCAGAUCAUGCAGCGUUCCCUUAGUGAAUCAGACACAGACUCGUAUCCCCCUGAUGAGUCUAAGCAGCCCACAGGGACCUCCAGACCAGAAAGGCCAAGCCAGCUUCCCAUAUCAGAGAGUGAGGAACCAGUACAGUUAACCAAUAAGAAGCAUACCUCAGCUGCUGAGCGCAAGUUCUCAUUUGCACUCAGGACUUCCAAGUCCAUGGAUGGAUACAAUCCCUCUCCAACAUCAGACAACAGUGAUCUUGAUCAUGAAACAAAAACAGACUUUUCAGGGGAACUGACUGAAUUUAACAAUGGGCAAAAAGUCACAAGUCCAAAGAGUGCUCUUAAAUCACCAUCCUCUCGUAGGAAAACCUCACAAAACCUUAAACUCAGAGUGACUUUUGAAGAAGCACCAGUUGUCCAAAAGGCUGGUCAAGCAGGGGAGGUUAAAGUAGCUUCUGGUAAAGAAAAGACUUCAGAAUCAGGGAAACGACCCUUUGGAACAUUUCGCUCCAUUAUGGAAACGUUAAGUGGAAACCAGAAUGGCAACAACAAUAAUGCUCAAGGAACAUCUGUUGGUAAACACUCACUGUCAAGUUCAGCACAGAGUCCAUCUGGGAAAAGAUCGGAUGCUAAGGCCAGUCCAGGGGGUCUGUCAAAAUGCAAAACUAAGACCAGCGCUGUUUAAGUGCCUUUCUACAAGCGUGCUGUGAGAGCAUUGCAGUGCCCUAUUUUUCUUAAAAAAUGUAGUCAAACCUUGAGUGUUUUCAGAUUAGUGGUAACUGAGGUUGAAACAACAUGAAUGACCAGCCAAAACACUUUAAAGCAAACAUUUAGAAAUCCAACACUUGUGGAAAUGCAAUUUUUUGCAACCUAACACAAAUAAUUUUUUUUUUAUCAUCAGUCACUGUAUAUAUGUAUAACACAUGGCUUCACGUGCAUUCUCCAUACAAAUAGAUAAGUGGAGUUGUUAAAAGUAUUAUUUAACAUCACUGUGAUUUUGUACAAUCAUGAUCUCAUUUUACAAUGUUUACGUAUGUUACUUAGUGAGAAAAAAAAGCAUUCCUUGCUCACAGUUGUGUUUUUAAACCCAAUUGCAAUGCAAACUAUAGAAGUAAUAGUUUAAUGACUUUCUAUUAGGUCUUAGUGUUAGGAAAUGACAAUGAAUAUUUAUGACCACUACAUUUCAUUCAGAACAGUACUGCAUCACAUUCCUGAAACCUUUCUAGAGUGGACAGUAUUAGAUACUGAAAGUUCUACAUGCUACAUUGCUGAAAAACGUUUCCUGAUUUUGAACAAUCACAAUUUAAUUUUGUCAUAAUUAAUUCUAUGUUUUAUCUGUAUCUUUUUCCAUUAAACCAUAUUUAUGAAUUAUAAUUUAAAUAUCAUGUUUGAAAGAAAAAAACAUUAUUGCAACUAAUGUAAUCCUAAGAUGAGAAAUAAAUGCAUUUAACUGUUAA